AUGCGGCCGAUCGGACUGGCAUGCUUUGCGCGCGGAUUAGGUUGCUUGUGGCUAGGCCCCGUCGUUACGCGGAUGCGCCCGCUGUCUAAGGUCACGGUUGCGGCGCGGGAUGGGGGGCCUGGGAUUCAUGUUGAUCUUGACGUCGAACUCCCAGACAUCCCGAUCCCGACUCUACCGAAUAAGGGCUGUGACGCCGACGUGAUGGUUGGUGAGACGAAUGUGGAAGAGCCCUUCGUGCUACGAUUCGUCGGUGGCCGAGACUUGCGCAACAUCGAAUGCGGUAUCCUGUUGGCCGUUGUGUACAUGGAAGCUUCGCUGGUGUCCACUGAUCAUUCCGCACGCAGCUGUCAGGAGAGGACCAUCGGCCACGCCGUUGAUGUUACCCUGAGCGCUUUCUGGGCCGUGCUGAGUAACGGCGCUGAGAACCACCACGAGAUCUUCCAUUGGUCUUACUUUUUGCGCAUCCCCGACACGUAG